CUGUGUGCUCUAGUACGCACUUCUUUCUUUGCUGCAAGCUUCAAUAAUAAUUAUAUUUGUUUAUGAAGCAAUUUGAGGAAUGAUAUAAUUACAGUCAUUGCAGCAGCACAAUCAGCGCCCAAGUUUGCUGAGUAUUUAUUCUCUUUUGAACAAAUUUGGUGCAUCAAUCCUCUCACAUGAGUCACAUGAGAAUUUAAAUUAUUGGAAAGUAGAACAAUGAGGCUGCCACUUUUAAACAGGAGCUCUGCCGUUGGCUAUCUUAUUAGACGCUCCAUUUCAAGAUUUGAAGAUGCCCCGUGCAAAGUGGAAAAGCUAGAAAAUCGAUCCCUCAUCAAAGUCUAUGGCGCCGAGGCUUCGUCCUUUCUCCAAGGGCUGAUCACCAAUGACAUGCGUCACCUGGAAGAAGGAGCGUUAUCCAUGUACUGCAUGUUCUUGAACACCAAAGGACGAGUCAUUUUCGACUCCAUAAUUUACGGAGAAUCCAAAGAAAGCUUUUUAGUGGAGUGUGACAAAAAAGCCGAGGCUGUGCUGAAAAAGCAUCUAACAAUGUACAAAGUGAGAAGGAAGAUCGGCAUUGAAACCUGUGACUAUCCUGUGCUCGCUGCUUUUGGUACUUCAGUUGAGGAAAGCGUCAAAGCGCUCGCCAAGGAAAAUUCAAGCCUAGUCAUCUGUAGGGACCCCAGAAUUAAACAACUGGGAUUUAGAAUCUUACUCAAGGGAGGUGAGCACCCUCGCUGCACGUCUGGAGAUUACAAGAUGCUCCGAAUGAGUCUCGGAGUGGGUGAAGGCGUCGAGGAACUGCCCUCUGGCAACUGCUUCCCACUCGAAGCCAACUGUGAUUACUUGCAUGGCGUUAGCUUCCACAAGGGGUGCUACAUCGGCCAGGAACUGACCGCAAGGACGCAUCACACAGGGGUUGUGAGGAAAAGACUGAUGCCCGUUUUCUUCGAGCCAACGCAGAAAUUGCCUGCUUUUGAUUCACCAAUCACUGAUCCGAGUGGAAAAAACGUGGGCAAAUUAAGAGGCGCUUCUGAAGCAGGAAUAGGAGUUGCUCUUCUCAGGGUUGCUGAAGUUCUGAAAGAAGCGGAAAAUCUAACCAUCGGGAAUUUGAAAUUGAAGACAAAAAGACCUGAAUGGUGGCCAUCUGAAGUGUCCAAAGAUAAACCUGUUAGCGAUCAGUGAAAUGUUAAAAAAAUAUUAAAGGAAAAUAUUAAUAAAA